GACGCAGCGUUUCCCAACUUUACAGAUCAAGAUGCAACAACUUCUGGUGCUUGCCACCUGUUUGGCCUUGGCCAAUGGGUUGGCGCUGUAUGCCAACUAUCCGUAUUUGUAUACGGCUCAGGGAACGGCGCUGAUUACGCCCACGCAGCAGCAGUAUCUCACCCAGGAUGCGUUGGGUCAGUAUGCUUACGGUUAUGCCGAGCCACAUUCGAGUAAGCAGGAGAUACGGAGCUUGGAUGGCACCACACGUGGCACGUAUAGCUAUCGUGAUGCCACCGGCAAGUUGCAGACCGUUGACUACACAGCCGAUGCGGAGGGUUUCCAUGUGGCAGCCACCAACUUGCCACACGCUGUGAAGCCACAGAAAUUUCAGCCGUCAGCUGUGGAGUCCCGAAGUGUCAACGAUGUUGUUGCCCCUGCCACUGCCGAGCAUCCAGCUGACUCCAUUGAGGUUGCCGCCGCCCGUCAGACUCAUCUGGCAGCUCAUGAGGAGGCUCGUCUGCGUCUUGCGCCGACUCAGCAACAUCAACAGUCCAGUCAAUCUCAUCCAGACGUUGAGCUGCCUCGUCCCGUUGCCGAUACCGCCGAGGUUGCCGCUGCCAAAUCCAUUCACCUGAAGCGUGUCGCCUCCGAGAAGCUGCGCAACGAGCUGCUCAGUGUUCCCGCUGUUUCCGCUGUGCCUGUGGCCAGAAGUUCCCAUGUCAUUGUUCCGGUUCCCGCGGUCUAUGGCUACACAGUUCCACGCUAUUACAGUUCUCGUUACAUUUACUACCAAAACCAAGUCAUGAUGCAGUUCCUCCAACUUUGCCUGUUGAUGGUGCCGUUGGUGCAUGCCACAGCUUUGCUGGAUUAUGGUGCACCACCGUCAGCCGACACGGUCAGUCAGUACCACAGCCAGGAUGAGCAUGGACAGUAUGCCUAUGGUUAUACUGCUCCACUCUAUUCCAAGCACGAGACACGCACCGCAGAUGGCGUCACUCACGGCUCAUAUUCCUAUGUGGAUGCCACGGGCCAGAAGCAGACAGUUGACUACAAGGCCGAUGUGGAUGGCUUCCGUGUGACGGCGAGCAGCUUGCAACAGCGUCCCAACGAGGAGACACCCGAGGUGGCAGCUCUGCGUGCCCAACACUUGGCUGCCCAUGCCGAGGCCAAGUUGCGUCUUGCAGCAGGCAAUGGGGCAACUUCGCCGCAGGAUACUCCUGAAGUUGCCGCUGCCAAGGUGGCAUUCUUCAAGCGCUUCGAGGCGGAGAAGCUGCACAAUCAAUUGAAGUCCAAGAUCCUGCCCAGCCACACGAUUCUCUCCCAGCCCAUCUAUGUCUAUCAGCCGGAAAGUGGUAUCAUCUACAAGUACAAUCACCUGUUGCGACAGUCCAGGGAUUAUCUGCCAGUUGCUUGAGAACUGUUUGAUUGAUUGACUGACUGACUGAUUGAUUGAUUGUUGUGUUUUUGAUUCUGUUGAGCAAAUAAAUAAUGAUGUUUACAAGGAUUAGGCACAGUGGUGCACAGCUUACA